UUAAACCGAGUUAAAAAAUAAAUCUCUUGUUAACCAGUGAACUAUUUUUCGCUCGUGAAGUUAAGUACGCAGCACAUAUCGAUAAACAAAUGUAGGAAUAUUUCGCGUUUGUAGCAGCCGUGUUUUUUUCAUAACCAACGUGACAUUUUUGGCAACUAUUUUUGGAGCCUUUUUUGGGAUCCUUUUUGCUGACAUUUAUUGAACAACAUUUUUCACACAUUCAUAAACAUUUCCACGCACUGUAGUAAGGCUGCUACACUAUGAACAUGUUCGGCGGCCAUAACCCCAGCGGAUUUGGCUACGGACAGCACGGUGGCUUUGGCAGCCCACCGGGGGCCAAUCCCCAAUUCGCAGGCAGUCCCCACGGCGCGGGAGCAGGGGCCGCGGUGGGCCACGCCAACCAGUACGCCGGCCUGAGCCCCGGCAUCAGCAACGUGACCAACCGCAACGACAUGAAGUCGCGGGCCUCGCGCAUCUUCAUCGGCAACCUGAACACGGGCCAGGUGACCACGCAGGAGAUCGUGAGCCGGUUCAGCAAGUACGGCCGCAUCACGGGCGUAUCCAUCCACGAGGGCUACGGCUUUGUGCAGUACAACAAUGAGCUGAAUGCCAGGCAGGCAAUCGAGGGCGAGUACGGAGCCAUACUAUCCCGUCAGCCAAUCGAUGUGAGAAUUGCAAGUGAACCAAACCCAAACCGGCCGAAGGGUUUCAAGAGAGUUCAAGGAAACGUCACAAGUGGUUACUUAGACCCGGCCACCCUGCCGGUCAUUGUGCCCGCCGGCCCACCAGCAGCUAAGAAGCAGAAGACCUUCACCGGCAAAAAGGCGCAGCAGUUCGCUGGGCAGGGCCCCGACCAGUGGAUCUGCGCCUACUGCAAGGACGAGGCAGACGACGAGUGGGAGUUGAUGAAGCACGUGGCCUUCAGCCACAAGACGCAAAUCUACAUCGACAAUCCCGAGGAGUUGAAGACAGUGCAGGAGGGAACCGUGGGGUUUAACGGCGGCUAUUAGAAGAGAGAGAGAGAGAGACAAAAAAAAGAUAAAUGUGUACCAAAAGUAUACAUCUGGUUGAUAUUUUGUUGCAAAAUUGAAUUCGAACACAAAUAUGUGAACAUGAAAUUGCGAUGGCAUGCUGUGAAUUUGAAAACGUAGGACACAUUUUAAGAUGGGGGGGGGGGUCUAAACAAAUACAACCGGUAAGACCAACUCAAAUAAUGAAUGGAAUUUUACCAAAUUACAACUUAGAUUUACAAUAUUAAAACAAAAUAAAGUAAAAAAUUGUUCGCUUAUGUUGUUUGGUAAAAUAAACAGAUCACAUGUAGUAAUAACAAAAUAACCUAUUCAAUGUCCUAAGUUACUUGGAAAAAAAAGGUUUAUUUUCAUUUGUUUCUAAUUCUCUUCAGCCACACUGCAUUCUAUGCCAUUUUAUUUUUUUGUCUUAAGCUUUAUGGUUACUUCAACAUCCAUGCGAUAUUUAAAAUUGCAUUUUUGCGGAUAUUGUCAUUUAUGUUUUUAAUUUUUUGCUCGCAUUGUUCACUAGGCCUGUUGUUCACUUGCCAUUUUGAACCAAUUUGUGGUUUGGUGAAUACUUUUCUCCUUAUAUUUUCUUUUAAAACAUAACAGUAGAGGGAUCGGUGCAAUUGAACUUUGGGGAACUACACCAAUAAUUAUACUUCUUGGGAAAGAAUGCUGCAAUCUGACGCCACUUUUUUCUUCAUAUAUCAUCUCAAUAAAGGUCAGUCAUUGCAGAAAUGUUGAAAAGACAUGAAUCUGGGACUGAGCAACAUUUCCGAUUUUGUUGGGAAAGACAGAAAAUUGUCUUGACUCUCCAUAGACUUUGUACACAACCGCUGAAGUGGCAUCUGGAUAAUACAUUCUUUCCACUUCUUGUAACAAUUAAGUAAUAUUUGUGUACUACAAAUGGUUGACACGCACCUAUACAAAUCUAGCCUGUCAUUGAGCCUUGCAAAAGCGGGUCCGAGUAGAGGCCCGAGGAUCAUCCGAAAGUCAACAAUGGGGUUCCGUUAAUAAACAUUAGCUCUGAAAUAUUGCAUACAUUGAUUUAUCUAAACUUUGUCUCAAGUGUGCAUUUCAGAUACAGCUCACAUUUAUGGUAAUAUUGUUAAGUAUUAAAGACCAACUCUGACUUUAACUGGAAACGUGACAGGGCUUCGUACUGUACCGGUACUUUUGACACCCAUGUUCUCAUUGAAAGAAAUCGGGCAGUCUAGAUUGUAUAAACUUGUACUGGUACAUGUAAUAACAAAAAUAAACGUGAUUAGAUUU